AUGGUAUCGGCGCGAGGCAUUCAGACCGCCAACAAAAAAGAACAGCGCAAAAAGAGAAAAUUUACUCACAGUCUCGUCACGAGUCGUUACUUUGUCCCCCAGUUGAAACGAGGCGUCGUGCUACUACGAUCUAUUGACAAGCACCUCACCGAGUUCGAGAAAGACAGCACUCCCAUAUCAGAGGUGUAUAAAAUAUUCUUAGAUCUGCCACUAGAGUUUGCGGCAUGCAAACUUACCCAGCGGGAGCUCAAAAUUGCGGAAGAGAUCGUUUCCGAGAGGUUUGAUUUCGUGUAUGGAGAUGCACAUGGGCUUGCGUAUCUCCUCGAUCCGCGGUUCUGUGGGGAUGGUAUGGACGUGUCCACGCGGACAUCUGUGGAGUCUUUUCUGUCGCAAUGGUUUGGCAAAGACAACGCGAACGAUGUACUAAUCCAGCUUGCUUCAUACCACCGAUAUGUGGCUGAGCUGAGAGAUAGCUCUUCACGGCACUGGAAGCUUCUCAUCGAGCGAAAACUUCGAGUUCACGAUUUUUGGUGCGGUUUGAAGAAGUUCAACCGGCUUCAAGACAUCGCUAAACAACUGUUUAGAUGUGCCAGGUCGAUGUCUGCUGCAGAACGAAACUUCUUCACUCACGGAUUUAUUCAGUCCAAGCUACGUAAUCGACUAGACCCUGAUAGCGUUGAAAAACUUGUCCACAUCUUUUUCAACGCCAAGAAGGUGGACGAACAAGAGCUGGACGAGUACACGCAUAUCCAGGACGUGCUUGUCAACAUCGGAGACGAGGAAGAUCCAGACGGUCAAAACCACGACGAAGAAUACGUUUAUUAUUAG